AUGGAAAUUAUGAUCCAUUCUACUUCAUUACAGCAAGACCCUCCAACUCAUCCUGCUCCUCCUCCUAAAGCUUCUACUAGAAAAGCAGGAGGAUGGAAAGCUAUCAAAUACAUCAUUGGGAAUGAAUCGUUUGAGAAGUUGGCAUCGAUGAGCUUGAUAUCCAAUAUAACAGUGUACUUGACUACAAAAUACAACUUGAGUGGUAUAUUUGUGGUUAAUGUGGUUAACAUAUGGAAUGGUUCCUCCAACAUUACAUCACUAGCAGGUGCUUUUGUUGCUGAUGCUUAUCUAGGCAGGUUCCGUACCCUCCUCUUUGGCUCCAUAGCGUCUCUUCUGGGUAUGGGGACUAUGACCCUGACUGCAGCUAUACAUCAGUUAAGACCCCCAACCUGCGAUGGUCGACAUCAAUCCCACUGCCCACAUCCCAAAAGCUGGCAGCUAGCCUUUCUCUUCAUAGCUCUUGCGUUUCUUUCGUUAGGUGCAGGCGGCAUUAGGCCUUGCAACAUCGCCUUUGGAGCUGAUCAAUUUGACAUCAACACAAAGAAGGGAAGGUCACAAUUAGAAAGCUUCUUCAAUUGGUGGUAUUUCUCCUUCACCAUUGCUCUAGUUGUGGCACUCACUGCUGUUGUCUACGUUCAGACUAAUUUCAGUUGGGUUUUAGGCUUUGCUAUUCCUACUGCCUGCCUUGCUGUUUCCAUCACUAUUUUCUUGCUUGGCUGCCGCACUUAUUUUUACAAGAACCCUCGAGGUAGCAUCUUCACAGACAUAGCCAAAGUGAUCACAGCUGCCUGUAGGAAACAUCAUUUAACUGUUGGACCAGCCUCUAAGCACUCCUUUUAUGAUCCAUCUAUUACAGGUUCGGAGUCACCAACAUUAACAAUGCUUACUCAUACUGAUAGGUUCAUGUUCCUUGACAAGGCUGCUAUGGUUGCUGACCCAAGUGAACUUGACAAUCAAGGCAUUGCCAAGAGUGGUUGGAGACUUUGUAGCUUGCAACAAGUGGAACAAUUGAAAUGCUUAGUAGCAGUUCUGCCAGUAUGGGUAUCAGGAAUAGGUUGUUUUAUAGCCAUGGACCAACAGAGCACAUUUGGGAUACUUCAAGCAAUACAAAUGGACAGAACCAUUGGAUCCCAUUUCAUGAUCCCCCCAGGUUGGAUGAACCUCACAUCCAUGAUUGCACUUUCUAUAUGGAUUUUCAUUUAUGAACAAGUUUACAUCCCUCAAGCAAGGAAAAUAACAAGAAGGGAUACAAGAUUGACCAUGCAACAAAGAAUAAGCACUGGCAUUUUGAUGUCGAUUCUGUGCAUGUUGGUCGCUGGGAUUGUUGAAAAGAAGCGCCGUGACUCAGCUUUGAAACAUGGUUCAUUCACUUCACCCACAAGUUUUGCAUUGCUAUUGCCACAGUAUGUUUUAUCAGGUAUGACAGAAGCUUUCGCUGCAGUUGCUAUAAUGGAGUUCCUUACCAAGCAAAUGCCAGAGAGCAUGAGAACUACUGCUGGAGCUGUCUUCUUUCUUAGCUUAUCCAUUGCGAGCUAUAUAGGCGCUCUUAUUGUCAAUAUCAUCCAUAAUGCAACCAAAAAAACAGACCAAUUGUCAUGGUUGGGUGGUCAAGACCUCAACAAGAAUAGGCUUGAUUACUACUAUUACAUCGUUGCUGCCCUGGAAGUUCUGAAUUUUGUUUACUUCAAUUUCUUUGCUAGCCAUUUUGUCUUAAGCAGCAGUGCUGGUUGUGAGAAGAGACAAUUAGAAAACUCGAUAGCCUGCCACCCAAGAACUCUGUCUGAGUGUGAACCAAAUGAAGAAGAAAAGGGCUUAGAGAUGCAUAACAAUCACUAACACGAAACAUGACU